CAUGCCAUGGAGCAACAGCAACUCUCUCCCAUGGACACUAAUAAUUCAGCAAGUAGCACUACUUUAUCGGAGAUCCCAGCAACGGUUUUGGAUGAAUCCAGCGGUCCUGGUGUGAGCGAAGCUUCCGAAGUAAUAUUAUCAGAUGUAGUGCACCGACGUACUUCAUUGAGACCCAGACGAGCAGCUGUCGCCGAGGGGUCUUUUAUAAGUGACAAGGAGUUGGACGUUUUGCUUGCGGAGCCGUCCCAGUCGACGCCCAGCAUGGCGCAGGCCAAUGAUGCACCAGGAAGAGAUGCCUCUGAUGAGUUUGAGAAAUGGGUUGAGGUUGAACAAAUUCUGAAGAUACGAAGAACGGCGCCUUUCCAUGAUCGUUCUACGCCAGAAACUUUGGGAUGCAGGGCAGAACAGUAUGCAUAUUUCGUGAAAUUUCGCGAUCAGUCUUAUUGGCACUGCGACUGGAUACCCGGGCAAACCAUUCUUUUCAUGCAUCCGGGGAUGGUAAAGAACUAUCACAAGCGAAAUCAGGAACUUGUCGAUCUUGUCGACCAGGAGUACAGGGAUCUGCAAUCUGGGCACGAAACGUUGAAUGUUUUGUCACCUAAAUUGCCAUCUUCUGAUGACGAUUCAACGGUAGAUGACACGUCAGCCGCGGAAUCGACUAACAUCGCACCUAUCAUCGGCGGAAAAUUGGCUAUGAGGCUAGUUAAUUUCUCAGUCUUUUUGCUCGACACUCAGCCUAAACGAGGCCGCCGACGUUACAGAUAUUAUUUGGAAAAUGGUGUCCCUUUCUCAUAUCUGUACCCUGAAACUGUUCUGGAAAUUGGCGAUGUAUUCCAGCCCACGACGCUUUCUCAAUGCCGUCAUCGAGGACGCAAUAGGGCCAAGAAGUCAACUAUUUAUUCUGCUCAUCUCCGCGAGGUUCUUGUAAAGUGGACUCAAUUGGAUGAGGGUCAGGCAACUUGGGAAACAGUGGAGAUGGAUUUGGCCCAUUUGGAAGUAAUGCUGCCCAAGUACCGUCGAGCUGGUUUUAUCCCCCUUGAUCCCUGUGGACGGCGUCUGCUUCCAACCUUCGUUCGUCGCUGGAUUCUACAACUGGUAGACGCCCACCUUACACAAGUCGCCAGUCUUUAUUCUUCACAUCUUGGCGACGCGUCAGAUAAACUAUUAGAACUUGUUGCCGGAGGACGCGCGAAAACCCGUCAACGAAGUCCACCUCCUGAGUGGCAAUUCCUCUUCCCUAAGUCGACCACGUCUUGUGGCCGAACCCAGAUUUCACUCCUUCAUUAG